GUCAACGCAACACAGCUGGGGAGAGUGCGCAUGUGCGGAAGAUGAAGGUGGAGGAAGGCGGUGGAGGAAGUCUUUUAAUAAUGUUGACGUUGUUUGGCGUCUUUACAGCGUUAAGAAGUUCAUUUUGCGGCUAAGCCGGGGUCGCAAACACAACAGUGAUGUCGUCUUGGUGGUGGGAUCAGUGGUCGCUGCUGGCCCCAAACGAAACCCGGCGUUCCACCGGGCCGGACGACAAGACCUGUUUCAAUGGCACGCAGAACACCGUCCUGAGCGGAGUCAGCUUUGGCGGCGUGCCUGUUGUGUUGCUGCUCAACUUUAGCGUCUUUUUGGUGUUGCUGAUGCUCUUUUCUAUUAUACGGAAGAAGUUCUGGGACUAUGGACGUCUUGCGUUGGUGGCGGAUAAAGAAGGGGUCACUGAGUCUGGACGCCCUCAAUAUGGACGUCUGUCAUCGUGUGCAUCCAGCGGGGAUGACCAGGAGUAUGAACUAGGGUUCUGCUCUUGGCUGCCUUACAUCCUCAGAAUGGAUGACGACAAAAUAAAAGCCCGGUGUGGCAUAGACGCCGUUCACUACCUCUCCUUCCAGCGUCACCUCGUCAUCCUGCUGCUGGUCAUUACCGUCACCUCCCUGUCAAUCAUACUGCCUGUCAACCUGACGGGGGAUCUGUUGGGCAACGAUCCGCAGAGUUUCGGGAGAACGACGAUCGGCAAUCUUCAAAAGGGAAACGACCUGUUGUGGCUGCACACCGUGUUUGCCGUCCUCUAUCUGGCCCUGACCAUUAUUCUCUUGCGAAGACACACAUCGCAAAUGAAAGGCACGCAAAGAGACAUGACCAGAAACACCUUGUUUGUGAUGGGUGUGCCAAAAACGGCCACAGAGGAGGACAUAAGGACACAUUUCAUGGAGGCGUACCCCACCUGCAGGGUGUGUGCCGUCACCAUUGCCUACGAUGUGGCCAAGCUCAUGCAUCUGGACAAGGAAAGGCUGCGAGCUGGAAAAAACCUGCGCUACUACGAGCGUGUCCUGGAGAAGACGGGGAAACGUGAAACAAUAUACCCCCGACCGUGCGGUCAGCUCUGUUGCUGCGCCAACUGUGACAAGGUGGACGCCAUCGAGUACUACAGCACUAAAGAAAAAGAUCUGCUGGAGGAGGUGAGGCAGCAGGUGGGGGUGGUGCCACAGCGCCCCCUGGGGCUUGCCUUUGUCACCUUGCAGACGGAGGCUAUGGCCAAGUACAUUCUCAAAGACUUCAACGCGCUGGAAUGUGGCAGCAGGAGUUGUUGCUGUGGAAAAGAGCCUCAGCCUUCCACCAAUAGCGGAAGUCUCAAAGUGAGGAAGUGGAGGGUCAGCUUCGCACCCCAUCCCAGAAACGUUUACUGGAACCACCUCUCAGUGCAGGGCUUCUCCUGGUUCAUCCGCUACGUGAUGCUCAACUUCCUGCUUUUCUUCCUGCUCACCUUCCUCACAACGCCCACCAUCAUCAUCAACACCAUAGACAAGUUCAACGUCACCAAACCCAUCUACUAUCUGAACAGCCCUAUCGUCAGUCAGUUCUUCCCCACGUUCCUGCUGUGGUCCUUCUCUGCCCUUUUGCCCACCAUCGUCUACUACUCCACGCUGGGAGAGGCCCACUGGGGCAGGUCCAGUGAGCAGCUGAGCAUGAUGCACAAGCUUUACUUCUUUCUGCUCUUCAUGGUGCUAAUCCUUCCAUCGCUAGGGCUCACCAGUCUUGCGCUGUUUUUCCGUUGGCUGUUUGACAAAGAAUUUCUAACCGAUGGGAAACUGAGGUUUGAGUGCGUGUUCCUACCUGACCAAGGGGCCUUUUUUGUCAACUACGUGAUCGCGGCAGGCCUGGUGGGCUCGGCCAUGGAUCUGCUGCGGCUGCCUGGCUUGCUGCUUUACACCAUUCGCUUGGUGCUGGCUCGCUCCGCUGCAGAGAGGAAAUACGUCAAACAGAACCAGGCUUAUGAGUUUGAAUACGGGGCCAUGUACGGCUGGAUCCUGUGUGUCUUUACGGUCAUCAUGGCAUACAGUGUCAUUUGUCCCAUUAUUGUGCCUUUCGGUCUCUUAUACAUGAUGCUGAAGCACCUGGUGGACAAACACAACCUGUACUUCACCUACUUGCCGACACGCAUCGACCGACAAGUACACCUGAAGGCUGUCAAUCAAGCUCUGGCCGCGCCCAUCAUCUGCCUAAUAUGGCUUUAUUUCUUUUCCGUCCUGAGAACCGGUUUCUGGGCUCCCACGUCUCUGUUCACCCUGGUGGUGCUGGUCAUCACGAUCCUCAUCUGCCUCAGCUACACCUGUUUCGGCCAUUUCCAGUACCUCAGUCCACACAAUUACGAGGUGAACGAAGAAGAUGAGGGCACCCCGGAGGAAGUGGAGGAAAACACUAUGGUUUACCUUCCCAGAGUGCUGAAUCCCAAAUCGGCAGCGGAGGCCCCCAAGGGGUCCAAAGCCCAGCAGUCCUACGGUUCUACAGAGGGCAGCCCGACACACGGCUUCAGUCCUGUAGAAGACAAAGGCAUUGAAGUUCAACACUGAAAACUGAGCUAAAUGAAGACAGCAUGCCGGGAUAAAGACCCCAUAACAUGUUUACACAAAAGCACACUAGUGCGCCUUUACAACAGGUGUCAGAUGAUCAAAGAACAUUCCGUAAAACGCUGAGGCACUUUUGUUUUGGAAGAGAAUGCUGGGAUGCUUUUUCUUCCAUUUCUUGUAGAAUGAUGAAACUCAAUGUUGCAUAAGAAGGUAAUCAGCAGCGUAACUGAUGCCAAAGACAAGUGAACACCUGCCAAGGUAAGCGCUUAAGGCUUAGCCAUAAUUAAUUAUGCACUUUUUUUUCUAUACACAUUGAGGCCUGUUUGUUAUUAAUUAACAAGUGCCUUCUGUAGUUACUUCGGUGAUAAGACAUAUUCUAGCAUUGCUGAAGUUGAAAACUAAUCCAGAUCUGUUGCAUUUAACACAGUUCUAGGUUGUUGUUGUUUUUUUUUUAUAUGUAAUCGUGCUUUGAACAGUGACAACUUUUUAAACCAUGCAUUUCCAAAAUACAAACAUUCAAAGUAAUGAGUGUGGUUUGUCAAAAG